AUGGCGACCUUGCUACGGAGGACAACACGGCCGAGCGCAUCCACGGGGAUAGGUAGGAAUGGCACACGACCCAUGUCCAGCCAGUUCGGCUUCCCAACACACUAUGCCCCACAGCAACAACAGCAACAACAGCAACAGCAACAGCAACGGCAACAGCAACGGCAACAAUAUGCGCCGCGCGCAGCUGCACUUCCCAUACCCUAUGUGACCGAGACAGUGGGUGGAGGGUGGAAAACCUCGGACAUCUUCUCGCGCCUGCUCCAAGAGCGCAUCAUCUGCCUCAACGGCGAAGUCGAAGAAUCAAUGUCCGCCAUGAUCGUCGCACAGCUCCUCUUCCUCGAAGCAGACAACCCGGAGAAGCCCAUCUCGCUCUACAUCAACUCCCCCGGCGGCAGCGUCAGCGCCGGUCUCGCCAUCUACGACACAAUGAACUACAUCCGCAGUCCCGUCAGCACAAUCUGCAUGGGCCAGGCUGCGUCCAUGGGCUCGCUCCUGCUGUGCGGAGGGAAAGCUGGGCAGCGCUACAUUCUGCCGCAUGCACGAGUCAUGAUCCAUCAGCCGAGCGGAGGGUAUUCUGGAAAGGCGAGCGAUAUUGCUGAUCACGCAAAAGAGAUUCUGAGGGUGAGGGAACGGCUGAACAAGAUCUACCAGAGCCACUUGACCAAGAAGAGGAGUCUGGAAGAGAUCGAGAAAUUCAUGGUCGGGGACUACUUCAUGGAUGCCCAAGAGGCCGUCGACUUUGGCAUUGUCGACAAGAUACUCGAGAGGAGAGAAGAUGCGGGCAAAGAAUAG